AUUAAUAGGUAAGUAAUAAUGUAUAUAGGGUCCUUCCUGAGUAGACAGCAUGUAAAUUCCAGCAGGGAUAUAACCAUCUACAUGUCAUUUUGUGAUUUCAUCUUAUCUUCGUGAUGUUCCUGCAGAGUUUCACCUUCAGUAUGGACGACGAGAACACUUUUCCGGGACCGGUGUACAGCUGUGGAGAGGAUUUGAUCGGAAGCUCUGUGGUUCCUCUCUCUUACACUUACACACCGUUCUCUAUCGAAAUCCCAAAUGACUGCAUUAACAUGAGCCACCCUAGUUCACUUCAUCACCAGCACAGUCCGGCUCCUCAGGUUACGUCUGAGGACCAGCGGGCGUGUCCGUCUGUCUGGGACCACGAUUUUAACACGUACUGCUUUUCCCAUCCACUGUGUUGUGACCCGUCAAGCUCACAUUUGUCCCAGUAUCCUCCUGUGUGUUACUCCGAUGGCCUGCGUCUUCAGGCCAGUCCGCAUCAGUUCCUCGGUCAUACGACUGCCUCACACACCUGGACACCUGGAGGCGCUGUUCAGUAUGAUGCGUCUUCAGCAGAACUAUGUGACGCUGUGGCCAGUCUAAACUCGGAGUAUACGCAGAUCUUCUCCACACACGAGUCUAUCAGGCAGCAUAAUCAGACGGAUUUAGGCCACAGUGUUCAACCCACAUUUUACCCUGUGCCUCCUGAUAUAGAGACAGUGGGGCAACACAAGGACCCCAUGCGUUCCUUCUCAGAAAAAUCUAAGAAGCCUUGCCACUGCACUAAAUCUCAGUGUUUGAAACUCUACUGUGACUGCUUUGCAAACGGAGAGAUGUGCAGCGACUGCGACUGCAUUAACUGCUGCAACAACGUGGAGCAUGCGACUGACAGAUACAGAGCCAUUAAGACCUGUUUAGACAGAAACCCGGAGGCCUUUCGUUCUAAAAUCAACAGCAGCAGCGGUGUAGAGGGGGAUGCGAAAGGAAGUCACACACGAGGCUGUAACUGCAAAAGCUCGGGCUGCCUGAAGAACUACUGCGAGUGUUACAAGGCUAAGAUCAUGUGCUCGUCCAUGUGUAAGUGUGUGAGCUGCAAUAACUACAUCAGGAGUGAGGUGAAGGAGAGCGCAGUGGAGACGUCUUCACACCCCGACUACAGCAACACACACCACAGAACCAAGAGCAGUGUGUCCUGUAUCACGGAUGCUGUAGUGGAGGCCACAUGCAGUUGUCUGCUGGCUCAGGCUGAGCAGGCGGAGAAGGAGGGACUCUCUGAAGUUCAGGCCGAGCGAGCGACUCUGGAGGAGUUCGGAUACUGUCUAGCACAGAUAGUACACUACAUGUUCAAACACACACACACACACAGGAGCGGUUUGGAGCUGCAGUCGUUUCUCACAGUGGGAACUUAUCGAACCGGGAGUCCUGGUGUUCCUGAUGGGGAUAAAAACAGACGACGCAGCCGGACACAUCACACACCUCUACGCCUCGCAGGAACAACACGAUGCCACGCAUGCGGGUGUUCUGGACGUGCUCGGUGCUGCUGGUCAUUUUGUUCACAGAGUCGCACUGCGUUCAGAAGACGACUCUGACUAAAAACUGGGGACCGCAGUCGAUGCUGUACCUGAAGGGGAAAUAUGGUAGAAGAUAUAUUCCAGACAGCGAUGGUGAUUUUUAUAAAUCCGCUCUGAAAAGCUUGUACGUCGUUAUCCGAG